GAAAUCGACACCGACAUAUGCUCUGACAUGGACUUCGACCUCACAAUAGUCAAACCAAAUACAGUAGCCAUGGUAACAUCACUUCAAUUGGAUCUACUCAUAACAUAGGCAGUUCUAGUAAUUUAUACGGGAUAAACAGAUUUGUCAUUGCAAUGUGAGUACUUAAAUACACAACCUCUAAUCACAAAUUUACCAAUAGAGACUGGCAGAAGGCGUGGUCUGCCCCUUGAGAGCUGAAGAUGAAUCAUCCAUCUGUUUAAAUGUCCAUAUAAUUAGCUGUCUUUACUUGGCAAAGCGUAUUUAAAUUUUAACCAUUUAUGCCCUACGUCCUAAAUUUAUGUCGAUUAUUCCCAGUACUGUUAACAAAAUCAAUGUUAUAUAUCAUACCAGUAUCUAUGCGUCUGUCCACCACCUGUAAACAACUGUAAAUUUUCUGUAGCAUAUGCUGUUGUAGCAAGGUGGGUGGUUUCGAGAAUACAUCGGCUUGACUCAUACAGUACAACAGCAUAUAUGACGUGACCGGGUCAACCCUCGCAAAUACUGGACAGGCAACAAAUCUCUGUCCAGGUCACGGAAAGGUGACCUGUUGCAGUGGAAGGAAGGGCAUCUGCACCCAUAAUACAUACAAAUUCUAUAACAUCUCGUGUCAGUGGCUAUAUUCUAUUGUGCAGUAGAUGGGGUUACUGUCAAGACGGAUCAUUGCCGGGCACCAUAGUUCAACCAGGAAACCACGGAAAAACCGCAGUUUUCGAUUUCAUCAACUUACUACCGGGUUGGAGAAGUAUGUGACAGUUCAUCAGUAUUCUUAGCUGUGCGUUCAUUGAAAGUGGGAUAUAUACACCGCCUUGUGUUCAUUAGGUGUAGCAAUGUCAGAUAUAUAUAAGUCACGUGUAUGUUCGUAUUACCCGGAUUAAACGGGGUGUUCUUGCAUUCUUUCUGUUUGAUACUGUGACCUUCUCGAAUAGGCGUAUCCUGUUUUGUGGAUUUGUUCAAUUCUGGCGUAUUUAGUGAAACUUAAUUUUACUCCCGAAGCCUGCGUACACAAUGUCAAGAAUAACUGUGAAUGAACACCUGGAUCACACUAUCGUGAGGGAUAUACCAUACCAAAACUACCACAAACAUCAAGAUAAAUACUGUCUUGAUCUGUUUCUGCCCCGUACUUUCUUCUGUCCCAGUAAAGACCAGAUCCAAAAGAUUUUUUCUACAGGAUACCCAAUUCACCAUAGACAGGGUGUCACCAACGAUUCUUGUUCUCUACCGGAACCAACAUCACCGUUGUGUCACGGCCAGGUAGCACCUACGUUUAGUGAUGGCAAAGCCUGGCCCCGUCCCCCGCCAGUGGUUCUGUUUGUGCAUGGUGGUGGAUGGCAGAGGGGAUGCCGCCGUGCCUGGACUUACUUUGGGGGCAGCAUCAACCUUCUGUUGUGUUUCACCACGUGGUUCUUCGGUCUUUACCACAAUGUUGGGGCGAGUCUGGCGUGUCGCGGGGUGGCCUGUGCAGUCAUCUCCUACCCACUGACCCGUCCCGCGAUGCCCUGGGUUAUACUAGACGUCAUCGUGUCGUACACUGGCAGUGCAAUCUUUUCUUUCAUAGUGUACCAACUGAUAUCCACAUCUUGCUUUAUUAGUCACGAGAUAUACUCAUUCCUCAUGCAAUGCGAAAAUGUCUUGAUGUUUGACGCUGAGUGUUUGGAAAGAACAAACUGUGUAUUCAACGUGCCCCUGUCAUCUGUGUUCAUUUUCACCAAUUAUUUGACCUUAUUAGCAAUGUUAAUAUGCAGUUGUAACAACCCUUUAAAAGACAUACCUCCACUAGGAGCACGCUUGCUCUGGACUACAGUCUGUUUCCUUCUUGCACACCUGUCUUCCGCGGUGGGCAGUGAAACUGCUGUCUACACAUAUCUUUGUACUUUGUUGUUAUGCGUCAGUAUCCAGCUUCACAGUGCCAGGCAGUGGCAGUCUGUCUCCAACUCGCAGCAGAUCCGAGCUAUAACUACAGCCAUGAAAUGGAUCAAAAACUGUAGUGAACGGACGUCGUACUUCGACUCAACAUCGUUAUUUCUGAUGGGCCACUCAGCGGGUGGUCAACUGGUUUCUCAACUAGCCCUUGACAAACACCAGCUUGAUGACGGCGGAUGCUCGUCUCAUGACAUCAAGGGCGUAGUCUCCAUCUCUGGAGUGUACGACUUACAGAAGCUAUCAUCUCCAGUCUUGAGGCGCCUCUAUCUCCACCCCGCCUUUGGUCCUCACCCGGACAACUGGCUCCAGGCGUCGCCGCUUACUCUCAUCUCACAACCAAUCGACGGAAGGAGUUGUCCCCCCUUUCUGCUGCUGACUGCACAGAUUGACGGGCAUUUGAAUAAUGAUGCCGACGAGUUCUAUAAGAAGCUUAAAUUGAGGAAUGUUACCGUCAUGAAGUAUAUUAUUCCAUCAACUAUGCAUUUAACCAUUAUGGCUUGUUUCUCAGUGUUUCAAUCGUCUGUUUGUCAAAGAUGUGUUGAUUUCAUCAAGGAUAACGCCUCAUAGAGACCUAUUUCAUUUAGAGCGGACCUCUUCUGUGUGAACAACUGAAUCCGUGUGUAUACUCCGAUUAGAAACAUGUUCAUGAAACGAGCAUAUCAAUCAGUGGCAGUAUGUAACAGUAAUCACUUUACUGUUAUACCAGUAUUUUCUACACACUGCCAGGGUACCUUGUUUCAUUACGUCAAGUGAAACUGAUCGGCCAUUUCUAUCAGGCGGUUAUUGUAAUUUCAUACCUCUGACCAAUCUGAAUCGAGUAAUUUCCAAGCUCAUUGUAAAUAUUCAUUUGAUUAGCCUAUUAUUUUCACCCCUUCUGUCUGAUAAGUUUAAAUAAAGGUUCUAAAAAGCUACAAAUUUGGAACAUAAUACCACUGUGGAAAAUGACAUCAAACGUUUGGGGGUUUCUUUUAUUGAAAUUAAAAUCCAACUCUCAAUGAGAUUUUAUGCAAAACUUUGUUGAAUGGAGUUGAAUCUUGAGAUGCACCUUAUCAAUUAUGCCUGAGGUGUGUUGGUAUCACAGGUUGACAUAUAUGGUCUGUAUGGGAAUAUGUUACUCAGCACACUUAUGUUCUCUCACUGCCUUGAUGUUCACAGAAGUUAUUGUAUCUUGUCAAUGUCU